AUGCAGGCAUCACGUGGAAUCGAAGAGCUAAGUUCUAAUCUAAGUUUGUUCAAAAAACUUUUUAUCAGUACUUCUUGGCCACAUAUUGCUGCAAUUUUUGAUAAACUCAAUACUGAUCUCAACAUCGAUGGGUAUUCAGUCGAAUCACAAAUUAGAUGUAACGAAAAUAUUCCCAAUAAUAUCAAAGACUUAUUACUAACUAUAGCAAAGAUAUCUCAUAGUACCCAACGAUAUUUUGCUGAAAAAUUAUACAAAGCUCUUACUAGUUCAAGACCUGAUCACGAUACUGUUAUUCGAAUUUUUGUAACCAGAAGUGAGGUGAUAUUUUAUUUGAGUAUGAUUAAUAAUAAUAUUUAG